AACACUAUUAACAAGACGGGGACCCGGGCCCGGCCGUCGUCCAGCGAUCAAAAGGUAGGCCUACAGUCCUACAGCCAUUCUGAUCCGAUUAUUCGAAAGAAGAGAUGCAAACGGAACGACACUCGAUGAUAUCACCGACUGCUGGCAAUAGCAGACGUAUUAGUAGAAGAAGCGCGUUAUUGUUUGGUUUCCUGCUGCUGCUGGUGGCGAUUAUGGCAGCGGCAGUCAACACUAUUCGGCAUCAGGCGAUCCAGUAUCCAGAUUUUGGAAACCAACUGUUGGAUGAGCUGGAACAGCAGCAGCAGCCGCCUCUCUGUGUGGGCAAUCUGUUGAAUGGACGGGCCUACGACGGGGUAGCCGAUGAGGGUAAUGUCAGCAUCAGUCGACAAUCGCUGCUCAAGAGUCGUGACGACGGAACGAUCUGCCGCCUCAUGCGCUACACGGCCCAGCCCAUCGCCACCUGUUUGGACACUCUGUUUCAUCAUCAGGCCCAGCAAGCCACCGCCAACAUCAGCAGCCCAGCACUGAUGCCGGGCGAAUUAAUUUUCGUCUUUAUGGGCGACUCGAGAAUUCGCCAACAGUUUUUCAACUUUGUCAAGAUCAUUCCAAACUACGAUCGGGUAACGGUGCCCAGUCCCAUUCCCGCCAAAUAUCACGGCGACAUUGAAAUGACCAGUCGCAUCCUCAGACUGCGCGUCUCUUUCAAAUGGCAACCGCUCGUAAACGACGAGUUGAUCAAAACCCUGCGCCACAUACGCGAAACGGCCGCAUCUCAUCCAAGGAGACGACCCCAAUUUAUUCUUUUGAGUAUGGCGGUGUGGCAUAUGCUCAGGGAACACGGGGCCGACAUCGGCCUCUACCAGAGAAGAAUGACCCAGCUGGGACCCAUCCUGGCCUCCAUGUCGGACCAUUGCGGCCGCAUCAUUUGGCUUCGCCAGUACACCUCAGUCGACUCUUACGGCGACAACAACAAGUCCAACACGCUGGUCGUGUCCGACAAGCUCCGCAACUACAACCGAAUCGCCGUCCAGCGUUUAGUCAUCCAGUCGGAUGCCGAUUCCAGUCUCAGCAGCCGUCAGCGCGGAGUCUACCUGUGGGAUUCCAGCGAUCCAUUUGCCGACGAAUACGUCCGCGCUUGCGCCAUCCUCAAACGCUACGAGCAUUCCGGUUACAACACCCAGGAAUAUGUCACGGCCUACGCCAACUGCUACGACUACGUUCACACGGGCUACUCGGCCCUUUCGCAGGCCACUCAGCUCUUAUUCAACGACCUUUGCAACGCUCACCUGUCGUAAUACACAAUUCAUCAUUCCCCCAAUUUAUAUGAGUCAAGAAUAUCUAUAU